AUGGACGUGCCGUUCCCGACCGACGUGCGCGAGUUCGACAGCGACGAGCGCAUCUCCUUCUCCAAGCUCGACAACAAGUUCAUCGCGGUGCAUGACGAUGGAACCGAGUUCGAAUUCGAUGCCGAGCUGAAGAAAUGGGUGCCGACUGAGGAAGAGCCGCUGGAAGACGAGUUGAACGACCUUAGAGAAUACAGCGGAACCCCUGCGGAGGGUGACGCGCUGCACAAAAAGCGAAAGCAUGACGAGGAGAAUGGCGACGAGAAACCCCCGCCGCAACCCAAGCAGAACACUGCCGUCUACGUAACCGGCCUCCCCGCCGACGCCACGGUCGAAGAAGUCCACGACUUGUUCUCUCGCAAGGCCGGUGUCAUUGCCGAGGAAAUCGACAGUGGAAAGCCGCGCAUCAAGAUGUACACAGACGCCGAGGGUAACUUCAAAGGCGAUGCGCUCAUUGUCUUCUUCAAGCCCGAGAGCGUCAACAUGGCCAUCAUGCUGCUGGACGACACCGAGUUCAGGUUCCUGCCCAAUGGCUCGACGGAGGGCAGAAUCCGAGUCCAGGCCGCCGAUUCAAGCUACAAGAAGACGCAGUACGACCAGGAGAAUACUGGUGAAGCGAGCAACGGAAAUGGCCAGAAACGACAGCGAAACGAAAAGGAUCGACAGAAAAUCAUCAAGAAGACGCAGAAGCUAGCUGCUAAGCUCGCUGACUGGGACGACGACGAGCCAUAUCUGGCGCCGGUGCAGCCGAACUCGAAGCGGGACAGGACAGUCAUCCUACGGCACAUGUUCACGCUGCAGGAGCUGGAGGAAGACCCCGCGGCUCUGCUGGAGAUUAAGGAAGACAUCAGAGACGAGUGCUCCAAGCUCGGCCCCGUCACCAGCGUGGUCCUGUACGAUCUGGAGCCCGAAGGCGUGGUAUCCGUCAGGUUCAAGACCGCUGAGGCGGCAGCUGCCUGCAUCAAGCUCAUGCACGGACGGAGCUUUGGCGGCAACAUCGUUCACGCGACAUUGGCGACCGGUGAGAAGUUCAAGAAGUCGCAGAAUGAAACCCACGAGCACUCGGAUUAG